AACCAACCGACCCGGAAGCUGAGGAGGUGCCAGAUUUCACCUUGUUUAUUUCCCCUUCACCAUCGAAGUAGAGUGCGGGAUGGACGGUUUGGGCUGUGGUGAUUCAAGCGGCCUGGCCCAGACGGACGAUACAUGGGUAUUCUCGUAUCUCUUAGUAUUACUCAGCCUCUUUGCAAGAGCAGCACAAGGUAGUCAGUCGUAUCUGGAUCCUAGAUUCUGGAUUCCGAAUGCUAGACUUACGGCGGCUGCUACCACCUUAAUGUGUGGCAGGAGAACUUACGCCAACACAGGCACCAACAGUCAAGUGCGACAUGAACGUGAGCCCCACAGGCUUCUCAACCUCCCGAGACAAGCUCAUUUCCUCAGGACCUCUUCUGAAGCCAAAGGUUCCGAAAGACUAGUCAACUCUCCUACAGACUACCACGCAAUGUCCCCUAUCAGGCCAUCACCGUCUCUCUCGCGAGUCACUGGUGCCGCUUACCGGACCCACGCACAAGAGCUGUCCACUUUUGUAGGUUCAUAUUGGCGCAUGUAAUGGGAGGACGAUGGACAAAUGUAUUCGGCCAA